UCCCUUUUUUCUUUUAAAUUUGAAGGUAUUUUGACCAAACCUGACCUGGUGGACAAAGGAACAGAGAAAGACGUAGUUGACAUUAUGAAGAACCUGACAGUAGAGCUGACGAAGGGAUACAUGAUCGUUAAGUGUCGUGGCCAGCACGACAUUGAUGAAAAGAUACCACUGGUGGAUGCAAUCGCCAAGGAAAAAGCAUUUUUUGAAGACCACGAACAAUUUGGGCCACUUUUGGAGGAAGGAAAGGCAGGCAUCCCAAAUUUGGCUGUUCGGCUUACAAAGGAACUGGUCAACCACAUUAAUAAAUCGUUGCCUCACUUGCGAAAUGAAAUAGAAACCAAGUUGAACCAGUCGUUGCAAUCCCUCAAGAAGUACAGCCACGCAGUCCCCGCUUCUUACUCAGAGCAAAUAACAUUCUUAAUCGAGAAAAUUAACAGCUUCUGCAGCCACAUAAAAAAUCUGACCAUGGGGGAGGAACCUCAGGACAUGGUAGAUGGCGUGCGGUACAUCACCGUAGUACGAAAUGAGUUUGAUGAAUGGAACACAUUCCUGAACAAAUGUGUGUCAAAAUUUAAAAAUCACAUGAAACUUGUAGUUCUCCAAUAUGAAAGCUCAUACCGUGGAAGAGAGCUGCCGGGGUUUGUCAACUACAAUACCUUUGAAUCCUUCAUUAAGGAAGAGGUCUCUACACUGGAAGAACCAGCAAUUACGAAACUGAAGACAAUCACAGAUAUCACAAGGGAUAUUUUUAUGGUCGUUGCCGAGCAACAUUUCAGUGCCUUUAGUAACCUGUUCAAAGCUGCCAAGGUCAAAAUCGGAAUUAUGAGCAACAUGCAAGAAACGGAAGCAGAAAAGUUUCUGCAGGCCCAGAUUAAGGUUGAGAGUGUAGUGUAUUCUCAAGACCGUCUGUACAGUGACAGCCUUUCUAAAGCAAAAAGCAAUUUACCACAAGCUUUUGCAAAUGGCAGCAUCCAAGAAAUGUCGUAUCAUCUCGAAGCAUAUUACAAGAUUGUCUCUAAUCGACUGGCUGACCAGAUCCCCAUGGUCAUACGCUGCUACAUUUUAAACGAAUUUGCUGACAAACUACGGAUAGAGAUGCUUCAACUCAUCCAAGACAAGGAUCACGUCAACGUUUAUCUAAUGGAAGAUGAAGCCACAAAGAGGAAGAGAGAUGACCUCAAAAGCAAAAUAGACCGAUUGAGACAAGCCCAGAGGAAAUUGCUUGAAUUUGGUUAAAUGAGCGUUGAACGAAGGUCACUGAAAACUGUAAAGAUAUGUUUAUAUUUUGUUUGCUAAUUUUCAUAUUUCUUGCUAACUUCCGCUCUUGAAGGGAUUGAAUCCUUACUACAGUUUAGUCUCGGAGUUCACAAUCAAAUACCAGCGGCCUUUAUUCCUGUCUAAUUGCGGAAUGACAACCUAUCCAUGGACAGGUACAUGGAUAGGAUAGACUUAGAAGAAUAUGGACCAAACACAGGCAGGUGGAACUGGUGCAGAUGGGACUUGCGGGUCAGCAUGGGCAAGUUGGGCCUUUUUCCACAUUCUUUGACUAUAUAUUUGCGUUAGAGGAACUUAGGGUAUCUCCUCACCCAAUUUCCAUAUUUGUGAUCUUCCUCCUGGCUCAUGUCCUCUUUCCAGUCAAGGGAAUACUUGUUCCCAUCCCAUCCUGACUGAGAUUGGCUAACUCUGGAAAACAUGGAUUGAUUUUAAAUUGAAGGAAGGCACAAAAUGCUGGAGUAACUCAUAGAUUCAUAGAUAAUAGGUGCAGGAGUAGGCCAUUCGGCCCUUCGAGCCUGCACAGCCAUUCAAUAUGAUCAUGGCUGAUCAUCCAACUCAGUAUCCUGUACAUGCCUUCUCUCCAUACCCCAUGAUCCCUUUAGCCACAAGGGCCACAUCUAACUCCCUCUUAAAUAUAGCCCAUGAACUGGCGUCAACUACCUUCUGUGGCAGAGUUCCAGAGAUUCACCGGCUAGGCAGCGGCUAGGAAGCAUCUCUGGAGUGAAGGAACAGGUGACGAGACCCUCCACCUGAGUGACUGAGUUACUCCAGCAUUUUGUGUCCUAUUUUUGGUGUAAAACAGUAUUUGCAAUUCCUUCCUAGAUAUAUUGAUCUUAAAUUGUCUGGAUAUUGAGCAGCCUGGUGUGAACUAGUUGAAGCUGCCAAGGAACCUUUAAUUGUUUUUUGGUGUAUCUUAUGUGGAAUCUCUUUGCUUAAUGGACACACAAGAGAUUGAUUUUGCACAAAGCUCCUGGCCCGAAACAUCUUCUGCUCUUUUCCACAGAUGCUGCCUGACCCGCUGGUUUUAUUUUUACACUUAGCUAAUGUACCCCGGGAAUUACAUUCCGUAUAAUUUUUUGAAUGUGAGAAUGGAAUUUAAAGUGUGAUUAAAUUUAAAUUAAUUCUAAUCACACUAUAAAAAUGUAAUCAAGUUUUAAAACAAAUUUGGAUUUGACUUGGAAGGAAGUAGAUAAUUAUCAGGUAUAGCAUUCACAAGGAUGCAGAAUGGUGGAAUUUAGUGUUUGAUAUGUUUUCUUUGUUACACUGGUAGUUUUUCCUCUGGUGUUGGUUGUUCACAUUGCUGAGAGAAUGUUUGUUUAAAAUAUUAUUCAACGUAGCUCAUAAGGCAUUGUAAUCUUGCUAAGUUAUUUCUAAUAUAUAUUGGUUCAGUCGUAGGAUAAUUGGUAAUACAUCCAUUAGUCCGGUAUCAAAAAGAAGCAAACAUAUUGCUAUUAUGAUUUAUUUUGUUUUAAAUCCUGCAUGGGGGGGAGGGGGGAUGCCUUUAACCAUGUAGAUCUGCUCCACUUGUAUGUUAACCAAUACUAACGCACAAAUGUUACACACCACUAUUGUCUAUAAACCUGUCCGGGUUUUCAUCACACAGACACCUUUAAACUAACGGCACCUGACACAAGCUGCCAGUUGUGAUGCAGACACAGUGAUGCCGACUUGCUGUGUAUCUUUAUUAUAUACCAAUAAACCUGUUGGAUCUUUACUUUGAGUAUGUGCCAGUUGAUCUACAAACCACUAGUUGUAAAUGCCUAGAGAAAGCUGACCAAGUGAUAAUAAUCCAUUUUUAAUUAUGGGCCUUUGACUCUCAAGGACACCUUACAGAUUAAAACAAGCAAAUUACAAACAUAUAAACAAAAUGAAACAAAAACAAGAAGUAGUAGGGACAGCAACAACACACAAUUCGAAGAGAGAGCAGCGGCAGCUAGUCGCGCCAGUGUUCACUCUCACGUCGGGCAGCCAUCUUAGAAACAGAACAAUCAAAAACACAUUUUAAC